GAACUCCUCAGUCGCUUCAAACGAAAUGCCCAACAUGGAUCUCUACAACAUGCCCAUGGCUCCCGCCAGCCGUGCGAUUCAGAUGAUUGCCAAGGCCUUGGGUCUGGAGCUGAACUCCAAGUUCAUCAACACAAUGGAGGGAGACCAGCUGAAGCCGGAGUUCGUCAAGAUCAACCCUCAGCACACCAUUCCCACCCUGGUGGACAAUGGAUUCGCCAUCUGGGAGUCCCGCGCCAUCGCCGUCUACCUGGUGGAGAAGUACGGCAAGACCGACUCGCCACUCUACCCCAAGGAUCCCCAGAAGCGGGCUCUGAUCAACCAGAGACUCUACUUCGACAUGGGCACCCUCUACGACGCCCUGGCCAAGUACUUCUUCCCCAUCUUCCGCACCGGCCAACUGGGCGAUCAGGAGGCCCUGGACAAGGUCAACUCCGCCUUCGGAUUCCUCAACACCUUCCUGGAGGGUCAAGACUUCGUUGCCGGCAGCGAACUGACCGUGGCUGACAUCGUCAUCCUGGCCACCGUGUCCACCGUCACAAUGUUUUCGUUUGACUUGCAGAAGUUCCCCAACGUAGAUAGGUGGUACAAGAAUGCCCCGAAGGUUACUCCUGGAUGGGAGGAAAACCUGCAGACUCUUGAGCAGGCGAAAAAAGCCAAGUCAGUCUACUUUUCAGUCUACCCCACUGCAUCACACGGAAUAUCCACAAUGGUGACCCUCGAUCUCUACAACAUGCCCGGUUCCCCGAACACCCGAGCAGUCCAGAUGACUGCCAAGGCUGUGGGAGUCGAGCUGAAUUCCAUUUUCGUGAACACCCUGGAGGGAGACGAACUGAAGCCGGAGUUCGUGAAGAUCAACCCUCAGCACACCAUUCCCACCCUGGUGGACAACGGAUUCGCCGUCUGGGAGACUCGUGCCAUCGUAACCUACCUGGUAGAGAAGUACGGCAAGCCCGACUCCCCGCUCUUUCCCAACGAUCCCCAGAAAAGGGCUACGAUCAACCAGAGGCUCUACUUCGACAUGGGCACCCUCUACGAAUCCCUGGCCAAGUACUUCUUCCCCUACUUCCGAACUGGUCAGGUGGGAGACCAGGAGUCCUUGGACAAGGUAAACGCUGCCCUUGGAGACCUCAACACCUUCCUGGAGGGCCAGGACUUCGUGGCCGGCAGCCAACUGACCGUGGCUGACAUUGUCAUCCUGUCCACCAUAUCCACAAGUGAAAUCGUUCCUCUGGACCUCGCGAAGUUCCCAAAUGUAGUGAGGUGGUACAAGAACGCCCCGAAGGUUACUCCUGGGUGGGAGGAGAACCUGGCGAGUCUGAAGCAGGCCAAGAAGUUCCUGGAGGAAAAGUUGGCCGAAAAGAAGUGAUUUGUUUGCCCAAUGGGAAGUGUAAAUAAAGAUUUAUAAAUGC